AUUGAUCAGUCGAAAUGAUCCAAGGUCACCCGAUGAGUUGAUGUUUUUAACUGCACAAAUGGAAUCGGAGCGAAAACUCCGCAAGGAUACGGAGGAAAGAUGCAGACAGUUAAUGUUAAAGAUUGAGCACAUGCAAGCAAUACUUAAUCUCCGAAACGAGGCUCUCGAGAAAGAGAAGGCUGCGCGUGAAGAGGCGGAGCAUAUGUGUCAAUCAUUACAGACCACCAUUGAUAAACUCGAGCAAUAUCUCAAGACGAGAAACACCACGGAGGAUCAGCAAAUUAUAUCACAUUCAAAUGUUAACAACAUCUCCAUAUCACAAAUCACUAGACUACAGGGAGAACUUCAGAUACGGGAUGAGCAAGAUGAGAAAUUUCAAAAGAAAGCUCAGAUUAAAGAGACUAUAAAACCAAGGACAGUUCCUGUAGCAGCUUUUGUCCAUACUAAAGAUGAACCAAACCCAACGUGCAAGUCACCCAAAUUCAGAGACUUCCAGGAUAAUGAAAUAGAGUUUUAACACUUGUCAAGGUUAAAGAUUAACAGCACGAUCUGUGAUAAUAUAUACUCAAUGCAAGCAUGACAUUAUUAAUAAAUACUGCAAACAUACAUAAAUAAGAGAACUCAAAGUUCAGCACAAUCUUCCAACUGAAUAGUGCAAUCAUAAAUUAGACCACUUGAUCGUUGCAAAACAUGUACUACAGUUGAACUUCGGUAUCUCGAACAUGAUAUCU